CUGGCGAAAUCGCCUGCGGGCAAAUGCGAAAAUUUUGCAAUUGUGACGGAUGGGCAAUGGCAGCUUGAACUUCCAAAUUUAAUAUCGGAUGAAGGCGUGAGUGGCCCAGUGGUCAGAGCGCUGGACUCUGGGUCGGACGGCCCGGGUUCGAGUCCUGGAUUGGGCACUACGUUGUGGCCUUAAGCAAGUCGCUUCACUCACCUUGCUUCGUCUUCUCGGAUAAGACGUUAAGCCGGAGGUCCCGUCUCCUGCAGGGUUUUGGGGUAGGAGACGUUAAUUUCCCACGCACAAGAUUACUGUGUGAUGGAUGUCCUCCCCUGGGUUGGGUUGGGUGGAUUUUAGUGUUAAGGGUAGUGCCCCGCAUGGGACUCCAUGUCCCGUUCGCACUGACCCUUUCGGCGUAUGUCUAUCCAUGUAGACGUACCCAAUAAAGCUGUUAAAUUAAGUAGCACUGAGCUCAACGGUAAGUGUAGAACGCGUGCAGCGGAGUUUGAUGAAUCACUAUAGUUCUGUAGUUAAAUAUUAAGCUCAAAUAUUAACGUAGUUAAACUCUGGUUCCACCGUUUUUUGUUUGUUGUUUUGUGGAGCGGAAUGGUUUUUUUUUUCUUUUUCACCGUCCAUUUGAAUGCGAAAAUUGAGAAGAAAAAUCUCUACAAAGAAGUAGCGAGUAAAUCAGUUUAUAAGCUUCUUUCUGAUUAAUUGGUGAAUGAACAACAGUGUAGCUUAACAUAUUAAAGACCCCGUUUAUUUAUACACGCCCUUAAAUUUAUUCGUUUCUGAAAACCAGACGUUCAAAUAAUAUUCAAUUCUCUCCUCGAGGGAAGCUACGCACGAGAGAUUUCGCUCGAUGUGCACGUUUUAUACAUCUUGACGAGCAUUUGCUGAUAAGAACUGUGUAAGUUUCUCAAAAGCCUACUAAAGAGAAAACUUAAAACACACGGUAUUUAAUAUUUUAGUACACAUUAUCCAAGAGGUCACAAACUGGACCGGAAAGCCAGUAGUGUUGCUGAAGGCGCCGGCUACAUCUGAUAAAAGCAAGCAGAAGUCAAUGAACGACACUGAGAAGAAAGGUGACGCGUCAAAAGUGAGAAGGAAACGGAAAUCACGAGAAGAAGCAAAAGAAGAUGAAAAUCUGGCAAAGAGGAUCAUGACUGAAGGAGGUGACAUCGAGAGAAACGAAAGGCAACAAGGAGACCUUCAAAAUUUUCAGGAUGGUAGGGCUGAAUUAGCACUUGUAGUUCGUUUACCUGAUUUUCAAAAGUCAUAA